AUGCCUUCGCAACGCCCGUAUUUCCUCUCCUCCUUCAUCGCCGCCUUCCGGCAACAAGCACCUCCAACCUCCUCCUCUCCCUCCCCCUCAUCUUCCUCAGGCGGCAAACAGCACACCACCGCAUCAUCCUCGCAAGGUCAGCCGCAGCAAACAACAACAACUACAACGACAAGUUCCCCAUCGUCAUCGCCGCCGGGCCCAACAACAAACGCCAUCGCUGCCGCCGCCGCCGCCGCUGCUGCUAGCCAACACCACCACCACCAUCAUCACCAUCACCAUCACCGUCACGACAUGACGCUGCACUCGCCCCCGCCGUCUUCUGCCCACCACAGCGGCGGCAUCCCCAUCCCCAGCGGCGGCCGUCGCCGCGGGAGCGACUCGAGCAGCGAAGGGUUUCGUGACGCGGUCGGUGCGGACAAGUGGUACAUUGGCGGGCGCACGGCGACGGGCGAGGAAAAGUUCUUCAAGCUCGGCGUCGUGAGGAGGGUGCGCAGCAACGAUGGGCUGAGCUUGGAUCGGCUGAGUCUGUAG